ACUAGCUAUCUAGAGAGAGACAGAAGAACACUGAAGUUUCUAGAGAGAGAAAGUUAGAUCAACCGAAAAUGUCAGGAAGAGGAAAAGGAGGAAAGGGUUUGGGAAAGGGAGGAGCCAAGAGGCAUCGUAAGGUUCUCAGGGACAACAUCCAGGGAAUCACCAAGCCGGCGAUUCGCCGUUUGGCCAGACGUGGCGGCGUUAAGCGUAUCAGCGGUCUCAUCUACGAGGAGACUCGCGGUGUACUCAAGAUCUUUCUUGAGAACGUUAUCCGUGACGCCGUCACUUACACUGAGCACGCUCGCCGGAAGACUGUUACCGCCAUGGACGUCGUCUAUGCUUUGAAGAGACAAGGCCGUACUCUGUACGGAUUCGGAGGUUGAUUAGUGUGAGUCAGUCAAUGCUUUAAUCUUUUUAGUGUUUAUAAUUAUUGUUUUUGAGAUUUGUAAAGGGAAUUAAGCUUUUGGAAAUGCUCAGAUUUCAAUCUUGAGUUCUUGUACAUUGAAUAUGAAAUGCCUAUUUUGGAUUGAAUCAAAGAAUUUUGAUAUUCA